GUGGAGCCACGCUUGCUGUCUGUCGAAUCUUAUCGACUACAUUUCCCUCUUUUUACAGUCUUCUUAGAUCGAAAUCAGAGCAUAAAACCUCAACUUUUCUUCCAACUGAUUCACACACACUCCGAGAGAGAUAUGAGGGAGAUCAUAAGUAUACACAUAGGUCAAGCUGGAAUUCAGGUUGGAAAUUCAUGUUGGGAGCUUUAUUGCCUCGAACAUGGCAUUCAGCCCGAUGGUUUGAUGCCUAGUGACACAACACCUGGAGUUGCAGAUGAUGCAUUCAACACGUUCUUUAGUGAAACUGGAGCAGGAAAGCAUGUUCCAAGAGCAAUAUUCGUUGAUCUUGAGCCAACUGUGAUUGAUGAAGUUAGAACAGGAACUUAUCGCCAACUCUUCCACCCUGAACAACUUAUUUCUGGAAAAGAAGAUGCUGCUAAUAACUUCGCAAGAGGCCAUUACACAGUGGGAAAGGAGAUUGUUGAUCUAUGCCUUGAUCGAGUAAGAAAGUUAGCAGACAACUGCACUGGUUUACAAGGGUUUUUAGCAUUCAAUGCUGUUGGUGGUGGAACUGGUUCUGGACUCGGGUCUUUAUUGUUAGAACGUUUGUCUGUUGACUAUGGAAAAAAGUCAAAGCUUGGGUUCACAAUUUAUCCUUCUCCUCAGGUCUCAACAGCAGUAGUAGAACCCUACAACAGCGUCCUUUCAACACACGCGCUACUCGAACACACAGAUGUUGCGGUUUUAUUAGACAACGAAGCAAUCUACGACAUAUGUAGGAGAUCACUAGACAUCGAGAGGCCAACAUACACGAAUUUAAACCGAUUAAUUUCUCAAAUCAUAUCAUCUUUAACAACUUCUCUUCGAUUUGAUGGAGCAAUUAAUGUUGAUAUUACUGAGUUUCAAACAAACCUUGUCCCAUACCCUCGGAUUCAUUUCAUGCUUUCCAGUUAUGCCCCUGUGAUUUCGGUUGAGAAAGCGUAUCAUGAGCAGCUUUCGGUGCCUGAGAUUACGAAUGCGGUGUUUGAGCCUGCGAGUAUGAUGGCGAAGUGUGAUCCGAGACAUGGGAAGUAUAUGGCGUGUUGUUUGAUGUAUCGGGGAGAUGUUGUUCCGAAAGAUGUUAAUGCUGCUGUUGCAACAAUCAAAACAAAACGCACUGUGCAAUUUGUUGAUUGGUAAGAAAUUAAUUUUAUUAUUAUUGCUAUUGUUGUUAUAUGAUGAUAAUAUAUGUAGAUUGGUUUAUUGAUUUAUGAAAUUAAAACUGACUGUUGUUUUUGUAUUUUGGGGUUUUUUUUUAUGGAUUA